UAAAGUUGGUAGUUCUGUUUAAGUGCUUUUCAUUCGCCAUCCUGCAAUCCUGCUGCAUCAAAAUCUUGACUAAUAUUUAGGUUAAAUUUAUUCGAUUUAACAAAAAGUAUUAUCUAUUAUCUUUUCAAAUAUGCAUAGUAUUUUAAGAACAGUUUUCAAGGGUUCAUCCUUUAGAAAUUUUUCAAAUAUAAUCCGACAGAGCCAGAGUGAAUCAUUCAUCCCAUCAAGACAAUUCACAAGAAAUCUAUGGCACAUGUCUAAAAUGAACGAAAAUGGAAUUAAUAAGAAUCUUGAACUGUUUAAAUCCCACAGCCAGUCAACUUUAUGCUCUUGUGGAUGCAACAGGAAAAAUCACACCUCUGGUGAAAAGGAGUUGGCUGAUUUCCUGAAAGAAGAGAUAGCUCAAGAGAAGAAACUUUUGAAGUCAAAUACUCUGCCUUCUGAAGUGUGUGGCUUCAAAGUCCAGUUGGAUGGAUCAGAAGUUACAUUGACAAAAACUGUUGGAGAAGAGACGAUCGAAGUGAUGUUUUGUGUGAACCACUCCGUUGACGCCGAAUCGGAACCUGAGAUUGCACCAACUAUGGACAAACCAGAAUUUGGAGAAAUGGUUUCCAAGCCAGAAUUCGAAGUGGAAAUCAGACGAGGAAAAGAAACACUUGGGAUGACCUGCUCCUUCAUCCAGAGCGGAGCCCAAACCGAGGAAGAAUACAGACUUUUCAGUUUUGGCAGAUUCAAAAGAAAACUAGGAUCUCUAGUAGCACCAAUGAAACCGACUUAUUGGAUAAAAAAAUCGUGGAGAAAUUCGUCUGCGGUGCAAAAAAUGAGAUCCCUCGUAGUCCCAAUAAAACCGUUAAAUUGGAUGAAAAAAACAUGGAAAAGUUCACCAUCUCAUCGUGGAUUAUUCACUAAGCUUUCAGAUGACUUAUUCUCAAUUGAAGAUGUUGUUCUCUAUGAAGGUGAAUGGAAAGAAACCAACUAUGCUGUUUCCGGAGCAGUUCUUGAUGGCUAUUUGUACGACAUUUUGAUGAACUUCUUGGCCGAUAAGGGAAUCACAAACGAAUUUGUUGAGAAAUUGUCUGAAUUCAGCACAAUCUACGAACAUAACCUGUACAUCAGUUUCCUUGAGGGACUGAGGAAGUUCUCCAGCAAGUAAUUAUUGUUAGUUUAGUCGUGAUCAUUGUUAAUCUUAAUUAUGUUUUUUGUACCAACAAUAAUGUUUUGCUCUAAGAAGACCUAGAUCAUUGUUGUAAUCAAUAUUAUAUAUUAUCUUAUUGCAACAUUAAAUAUGUU